AUGGCUUGUACAGUUGAACCUCUAUCAGGGGCUCCGUAUAAGGCGGUCACCCUGUACAGAACGACUGGUGAUGAGAGCAGCGCGAGGGCUGCAUUAUGGGAUUUUUCUUCCCUUUUCGUCCUCUUGCUCGGUUUCCACCAUCUUUGUUCACGUGGUUGGAAGAGGACCGUGAAAAUGGUAAAUACAACUGGAAUUAGGCGCGGUACGCGCUACAUGUUCUCGCGGGAUUUUAGGAAACGUGGUGUCAUUCAUCUCUCCACCUACUUAAAAAGCUACAAAGUUGGUGACAUUGUAGACAUCAAGGUUAAUGGUGCUGUUCAUAAAGGCAUGCCAUACAAGGUCUAUCAUGGAAAAACAGGGCGUAUUUUUAAUGUCACAAAGCGUGCUGUUGGAGUAGUUGUCAACAAGCAAGUGAAAGGAAAAAUCUUGCCAAAGAGAAUCAACAUUCGUGUUGAACACAUCAAGCACUCCAAAUGUCGAGAUGACUUCUUGAGGCGUGUGAAGGAAAAUGAACAGAAGAAGAAGGAGGCCAAAGAAAGUGGGGGAGGAAAGGUUGAUUGCAAAAGAAAGCCAGCUGUACCCCGAACUGCACACUUUGUGCGAACCAAGAGAAACACACCAGAAACCUUGGAGCCAAUCCCAUACGAGUUUGUUGUAUGAAAAAAUCUGAAAUAAACUUUUAAAUCCACAUUCAA